AUGAAGCUGCUGGAUGAGCGGCUCUGGUCCCUGUUUCAGCGCCACUGGCAGCAGACUCUCACCUACUGGAGUGUGUUCUUCAGCUUCGGCCUGUGCAUCGCCUUCCUGGGGCCCACCAUCCUGGACCUGAGAUGUCAGACCCAGUCCACCCUGCAGCAGAUCACCUGGGUCUUCUUCUCCCAGCAGUUCUUCCUGCUGGUGGGCAGCGGCGUGGGAGGCCUGUUUAAGAGAACCCUCACGUCCUCCCUGUCAGCCCUGUUCUCCUGCACUCUUCUCAUCUCCCUGGUGUUUGCCGUCAUACCGCUGUGUCACAAUGUGGUGCUGCUGUCCGUUGCCAUGGCGCUGGCUGGCAAAGCCAUGGGGGUGAUCGACACCAUCGCCAACCUGCAGCUGGUGAAGCUGUACCAGAAGGAUUCAGCCAUCUUCCUGCAGGCUUUGCAUUUCUUCAUCGGCCUGGGCGCGCUGGUCAGCCCCCUGGUCGCUGAACCUUUCCUGGCGGACGACAACUGCGUCCUGGGAUCCAACUGGACGACCAACUCCUCCUCGGACCUGGAGCAUCUCCGCAGCACUCUGGCCGGGCCCGGAGCCACGCUGCACAACACCUCCCAGUAUCCUCUGCACACCGAGGGCAAGAUCAUGACCCGGGUGUCGUACGCCUUCUGGAUCAUGGCUCUCAUCAAUCUCCCUGUGCCGGCGGCAGUGCUCGCAUUGAUGUACCACGAGAGGCUGCUGCCUUGGUCCGGCAGCAGUCCACGUCUGCUCAACAAGGAGUCUCUGUCCAGCUCGAACCUCGCCGAGGACAGCGAGCAAGGUAACGCUGUCCCUGUCUCUACAGGACACGGGAAUGUGUUUAGCUGCUGUCACCCCUCCAAGCUCCGGGGUCGCCCUGCUACGUUCUUCAUCCUCCAUGUCGUGGGUGGAGCUAUCCUCUUCAUCACUGAUGGAAUUAUAGGCUCCUACGCUGGCUUCGUCUACACCUACGCCGUGUCCCCUCCUCUGCUGAUGGGCCACAAGACGGCCGGUUGUCUGGACAGCGUGUUCUGGGCCUCCAUCACAGCAGGAAGACUGGCUUCCAUGUACCUCUGCUACAGAUAUACGCCACCCAGGCUGAUCGCCUGUAGUCUGGUGGGAGUCAUCGUGGUCCAGUGCCUGUUGUUGAUUUUCUACACCAGCAGUGUGUUUCUCUUCAUCGGUACCUGUGUGCUGGGCCUGUGCAUCAGCAGUGUGUUUCCCUCCAUGCUGGCCUUCACAGAGGACAUCCUGGACUACAAAG